AUGUCAACUUCUAAUUUCCCAUUUACUUGCGCUCUCGUCACCGGCGGUGGAGGAGGCAUAGGCAAAGCAUUAUCAGCGUACCUGAUUUCCAAAGGCGUCAAGGUCCUUAUCGCCGGCCGCACGGAAUCAACCCUCAAGUCGACAGCCCACGAAAUAGAUGCCGCGGAUUGCUAUGUUCUAGAUACAGGCAAAACAGCGGACAUCCCCGACUUCAUUUCGCGGGUGACAACAGAGCAUCCCGAGCUGGACUGCCUGAUAAAUAAUGCGGGCGUGCAACGACCACUCGAGGUGUACAAGACCCCGACUCAGGAGUUCCUCCAGAAAGCAGAUCAGGAGAUCGACAUCAAUAUCCGGGGUCCGAUGCAUCUGACUCUUGCAGUGCUUGAGCAUUUCAAGACGAAGCCAUCAGCGGCGGUUAUCAAUGUAUCCUCUGUACUAGGAUUUAUCCCGUUCUCAGUGAUCAACCCGGUCUAUAACGGGACCAAGGCAUGGUUGCAUUCAUGGUCGGUGAAUUUGCGGACGCAGCUCGAGUGGGCUGGACUGGGGGAUAAAAUCAAGGUGAUUGAGAUUGCACCGCCGAGCGUGGAGACGAACUUGCACCGCGAGAGAGAAAACCCGGAUGAUAAUAAGAAACACAACAAUCCGAAUUCUUUGAGCAUAGAGGAAUUUAUGAGUGACGUGUCGCGGCAGCUAGAAGGUGGGGAGGAAAUGAUCGGGGCUGGACCAAGCGCGAACUUUGUGAAGAAGUGGUAUUCUGCUUAUGGGGAGCCGUAUAACAAGGCUGUAAAUAAGCAUUGA